AUGCCUGACCAGCCUAAUAUUCGCCUUGCGACCCCUGAGGGCAAGUAUGUCCCGAUCAUCCACCAGUUCAUCUGCGAGCUGGCAGAUUAUGAAAAAGCCCUGCACGAAGUAGAGGCCACCCACGAGUCCCUCCUUGAAACCUUGUCCUUCCCCGACAGCCCGCCCAAGCGUGGCUCCGUGUACACCGCGCUUAUUACCCCUCCUGCGACAGCGGAGAACCCCACACCCAAGCCUGUCGGCAUGGCGCUAUUCUUCUACAACUACUCUACGUGGCGCGCAGCUCCGGGAAUCUAUCUUGAGGAUCUUUAUGUCCAGCCGAGUGCUCGGGGCAAUGGUUACGGCUUCAAGUUGCUCAAGUACCUUGCCGCCAAGGUCCUGGAGAUCAAGGGCAGACGUCUUGAGUGGAGUGUGCUGAAGUGGAAUGAGCCCAGCAUCAAGUUCUACGAGCAGGUUGGGGCUAAAGCCAUGGAUGAGUGGACCAAGAUGAUGAUGGAGGGUCCGGCGUUGAACAAGUUGGCGGAGGGAUUGUGA